AUGGCCCACCUGGGUGGAGUAGUCGGACCACCUCGGGGCUCUCCACUCGGAGGCCGUCAGUCACUCGAGACUCCUACUGUUGCAGGUGCUGCAGGAGAUUGUUCAGACUUGAGAAAGUUCACACAGCUGAAGUUCUCGGUGGAGCCGGCGGAUGUAUUGGCCGUACAAGGUUUACCUGCUGUGCUGAACUGCUCGGUGGUGAGUGACGAACCGUUCAGGGUGGAGUGGAAGAAGGAUGGUACGUACCUGAACCUGGCGACAGGCGAGCGCAGGCGUCUUCUCCCGGAUGGCUCGCUGCUCAUUAGUAACGUGGUGCACUCUGCUUAUAACAAGCCUGACGAGGGAGUCUACCAGUGUGUGGCCACCAUCGACAACCUGGGCACCAUCAUUAGCCGUGCUGCCAGAGUCACCAUCCCAGGUCUGCCUCAUUUCUCCAGCCAUCCAGAGAGCGUCUCUGUGCACCCCGGGGGUAAUGAGGUCCUGAUCUGUGAGGUGAGUGCAGAUCUGGCAUCCUUCACCCACUGGGAGAAGAACGGUCUGGCCGUGCAGGCGGACACCCGGAUUGUGCAGCUGCCCAGUGGAGCCCUGAUCAUCAGCAAUGCCUCGAAGGCUGAUGCCGGCCAGUAUCGAUGCAUCAUAGAAGGACUGGGGCAGGCCAAGACCAGCCAGGACGUCCAAGUAGAAGUUUUAACAGAUUCUGCUGCUGUAGAGAGAAUGGAAGUCUUAAUGGACCCAUCUGCUGUGUCUAAGCCUGUGGGAGAGGUUGUGAUAUUACCGUGUGUUGUAAAGGGCUUCCCACUCCCGGUCAUUCGCUGGAUUCAGAACAGCAAGGUUAUAGACGAGAGUAAGGAGAGGUUUGCUGUGAUUGGAGGAGGAAGUCUACAGAUUAUAAAUGUAACCGAGGAUGAUGCUGGAUCUUACAUCUGCCAGGCAGACAAUGGCAACGAGACCCUGGAGAUCCAGGCAGAGCUCACCGUGCAAGUUCCACCUAAGUUCCUCAAGAAACCAUCAAACAUCUACGCUCAUGAAGCCAUGGACAUUAUUUUUGAGUGCAAUGUUGUUGGCUCCUCCUCCCCUACGGUGAAGUGGGUGAAGAACGGAGAUGCAGUCAUUCCCAGCGACUACUUCAAAAUAGUGAAUGAGCAUGACUUACAGGUGCUAGGUCUGGUCAAGUCAGAUGAAGGUUUUUACCAAUGUGUGGCUGAAAACGAGAUUGGGAACACCCAGGCCAGUGCCCAGCUCAUCAUCCUGGACUUUGACGUUGCCCUCCCCACAUCUGUUGUCCCUUCACUGACCAGUGCCACUACUGACCAUGUAGCCUCCGGUGAGCGAUCAGGCUCAGUCCCAUCACCCCCACGCGAUCUUGUGGCUUCACUCGUCUCCACCCGAUUCAUCCGGCUCACCUGGAGGCCCCCGCUCGAGCCGCACGGAGAGAACCUCGUCUACUCUGUCUUCUAUAGCCUGGAUGGCUCCAGCAGAGAGCGUGUUGAGAACACCACGUCUCCAGGAGAGAUGCAGGUCACCAUCGAGAACCUUAUCCCUGAUUCUAAGUACACUUUCAGGGUCACGGCAGCCAACAAAAACGGCCUGGGUGAAAGCUCAACGUCUCUUAUGGUGGCCACCCAGCCUGAAGUGCAGGUAUCAGGUCCUGCCCCCAAUCUGCAAGCGGUGUCCGUCACACCCACCACAGUCACUCUGACCUGGGAGAAACCACUCGCAGGCAAUGGGGUGAUCCAGUUUUAUAAAAUCUACUACACUGAGAAAGGAAAAGACUCAGAACAGGACAUCGAUGUUGUAGGAUUGUCCUACACAAUGACAGGACUGAAGAAAUUCACCGAAUACAGUUUUAGAAUUGUGGCUUACAACAAGCAUGGACCUGGGGUCUCUACAGAUGAUCUGACCAUUCAGACCCUUUCUGAUGUUCCAAGUGCUGCGCCACAGAAUGUUAGUCUUGAAGUCCAGAACUCCAAAAGCAUUGUGGUGCAGUGGGAGCCACCGCCUCCUGGCACCCAGAAUGGAUAUUUGACAGGCUAUAAGAUCCGCUACAGGAAGGGUGGGAGGAAAGGAGAGGCAGCUGAGAUCAUGACUAAAGAGCUCUUUUAUCUUGUGGAUGGCUUGGAACGAGGAACUGAGUACUCAUUCCGCUUGUCAGCCAUCACGGUGAAUGGCAGUGGUCCGGGAACAGAGUGGAUCACAGCUGAGACCUUCAAAAGUGAUUUGGAUGAAUCCCAAGUACCUGGAGUACCCAGUUCACUGCAUGUGCGUCCGCUGGUUAAUAGCAUCGUGGUAAGCUGGACCCCUCCGGAGAACCAGGACAUUGUUGUGAGGGGCUACAUCAUUGGAUACGGCAUAGGCAGCCCUCAUGCACAGACCAUCAAAGUGGACAACAAACAACGCUACUACAGCAUUGAUAACCUGGACCCAAGUUCACAUUAUGUGAUCACUCUAAAGGCCUUCAACAACAUGGGGGAGGGAAUACCUGUGUAUGAGAGUGCCAUCACCAGGCCUCAAUCAGAUCCCAUAGAGCCAGAUAUUGAUUUAUUUGAACUGUUUCAUCAUACUCCUCACACCCCAGCACCCGAGCCCUCCCCCAUGCUCCCUCCUGUGGGCGUGCAGGCUUCUGUCAUCAACCAUGAUGCCAUCAAAGUCUCCUGGGCUGAUAACUCCCUGCCCAAGAACCAGAAAAUCACUGACUCCAGAUAUUACACUGUUCGCUGGAAGACCAACAUUCCCGCCAACACCAAAUUCAAGGUUGCAAACACUACCACUUUAACAUACACUGUGACGAACCUGAAGCCCAACACACUGUACGAGUUCUCAGUCAUGGUGACCAAGGGUCGGCGCAGCAGCACAUGGAGUAUGACUGCUCAUGGCACCACCUUCGAAACUCUUCCCACAUCUGCUCCUAAAGACGUCACUGUAGUGAGUAAGGAGGACCGUCCACGCACCAUCAACAUCAACUGGCAGCCACCAUCCGAGGCCAACGGUAAAAUCACAGGCUACAUCAUUUACUACAGUACAGAUGUGAAUACACAGGUGCAUGACUGGGUUGUAGAGCCGGUGAUGGGAAACCGACUGACCCACCAGAUCCAGGAGCUCACCCUAGACACCAUCUAUUACUUUAAGAUUCAAGCACGCAACUCAAAGGGCAUGGGGCCGUUUUCCGACACAGUGCAGUUCCGCACUCCCAAAGCUGAGCCCUCUGACAAAAUGUCCAGUGAUCAAGUAGGCUUUCAGGGGAAGCCAGACGGACGUUCUCCCUUGCCUGAUCACGGAUUUGGAUCCUCCCUAGAUAAACCAGGAAUGACAGGCAGUCAGGAGAAUCAUAUCCUGCUGAUCGUCAUCAUUGCUUCUGUGGGAGUGUUUACUAUCGUCACGGUAGUUGUGGGAGCAUUUCUCUGCACACGCCGCUCCAACUCCCAUCAGAAAAAGAAGAGAGCGGUUUCCAAGUCCAGUAAUAGUUCUCAUAAAUAUAAAAGCACCUCCAAAGACUUAAAGCCUCCGGACUUGUGGAUUCACCAUGAGCGUCUGGAAAUGAAGGCCAUAGACAAAUCACCUGAGCCCAACGUGGUGAUGACAGAGACGCCCAUCCCCCGUGCUUCACAUGAGCCCUCCAGCAGUGAGUCUGCCUACCAAAGACAGAACACAUACUGUAGUCUUGAAGUUGAAGAAAGUAUAUCUACACUGACAGGCAGAAGGGGAGUGAGGCCUAAAAUAAUGAUGCCCUUUGAGUCACAGCCCCCACAACCUGUUAUUAGUGCCCAUCCUAUCCAUUCUCUUGACUAUCUUCAUCAUCACCAUCGUCACUAUCACCCCCCUCCACGUGGUUACCUUCAUCACCAGAUCAGCCUGAGGGCUCCUGCUAUGCCCUCUCCAUCCAGCUCUUAUUUAGACAGGCAUCCUUCUGCAGAAUCGGUAAGGACUCAGCCCUCUGCCUCCGAGACACAAGUGGCUGUGUCUCUGAGCCCCAGCACAGCUGAUCUGCAACACACAGAGGUGCUGAUCAGAGAGGAGGAGGCACACUGCUAUAAACCCCCCACAGCUCACGUUCACCCCACACAGCCUAUGAAGAGCUUUACUGUACCCACCGUUAAUGUCUCGACUCACAGCACACCCAGCUCUGCCCUGCCCUGCACCACACUGAUGCCCGCACCAGGUCCUGGUGUAAAGACCGCGGGUAUUGGCACUUUAAGCAGAGUCCGUGCACCCAUGGCUGUUACCGUACCCAGUGCUCCUGAUCAGUCAGAAACCAGCAAGAUGCUACCACAUAAAGAGACUGCGUACGAGACAGAUGAGCUGUCAGAAGAAAUGGCACAUCUGGAGGGCUUGAUGAAAGACCUGAACGCCAUCACAACGGCCUGACAGCACUAAGCACUCCACAGAGACCAAACAUAGACGUCAGCGAAGUGCCCAGCAGCUUUUGGAAACAUCUGAUCACACAUCACUUUGGCUAAAUUCUUGCUGAGGAACCAGAAGUCCCAGUCUGGAGAGGUCUUUUAGUUUUUUUUUCAUAUCAUUGCAUCAAAGAAAGGAAAGGACCAGAAAAGAAAAACAAACAACGGUGAA